UGAAUACUGUAUUUUGGAGCAAGUAGAAAAUAAUUCUGUACAACUCCAUCGGGUGAUAAUCAAAAAAAACAUUUUAAAAAAAUGAAUAAACACGUCCGGUGGUUAUCAUGAGAUGGUUCAGCAACUCCUGUAGCACACAAAAUGCUUGUUUACACAGUGAGUCACAAGUGGGUGAUAUCGUUGUCAAGUGCCAACCGUUCUCUGAAACGUAUGUUAGCGAAGUGUACAUCCAACAAAGAUUUGAAUUUCUGCACAGAUUCGGCCUCGACGACGUGUUCUGGCAGACUGUUCCAGGCGUGUACAACCCUCCGCUCGAAACACAGGGGGUGUGGGAUUUUCUUCAGAUCAGGUACCACGAGUUUGUACCUGUGCCCACGUGUGGUGCAUGGUACUCGCAAGUGGAGUAACGACCUUAGCAUGGGGAAAUGACCGAGAUGUAAAAUACGGUAGGUCAUGAUAAGAUCC